AUGAUCCACAACAUCCAAUUCAAGUCAAAAAGAUCUGAACCGAGAGAGUACCUGGUAACCUGUGUGGAUGACAAUUGUAACUGGUUACUUAGAGCUUCAAAGUUCAGGAAAACAGAAACAUUUAAAAUCAGAAAGUAUGUAAAAACUCACACCUGCUCCUUGGAUAUCAUUAUGGAAGACCACAGGCAGGCUAAUUGCAAUGUCAUUGGGGAACUAAUAAAAUCAAAAUACAUGCCAAUAAAGAGAGUACACACACCACAUGACAUAAUCAACGACAUGCUAGAUGAUUAUGGUGUUUCAAUGGGGUACCAAAAAGCCUGGAGAGCAAGAGAAAAAGCUUUAGAAUUGGUAAGGGGAAACCAAGAUGAUUCAUACCAAAAACUUCCCAUCUACCUUCACAUGCUAAAAGUCUCGAACCCAGGUACAAUAACACACCUGGUUACAGACAAUACAGAUCACUUCAAAUAUAUGUACCUAGCAUUUGCAAAUUCCAUCAAAGGAUGGAAACACUGUAGGCCAAUCAUUGUGAUAGAUGGAACUUACUUGAAGACAUCAUUUGGGGGAACUUUAUUCACUGCUUCAACAAUGGAUGCUAACAACAACAUAUUUCCAUUAGCCUUUGGAAUAGGAGACUCUGAAAAUGAUUCAUCAUGGUUAUGGUUUUUCACAAAGCUAAAGGAGACAUAUGGAGAAAGAGAAGGUAUGGCAAUCAUUUCAGACAGGCAUAAAAGCAUAGAAAAUGCUAUAGACGAUGUAUACCCAAAAGCUUUCCAUGGAGCAUGCAUAUUCCACCUGUUAAACAACAUCAAAGUUAAUUUCGGUGUCCAUGGGGAGGACCUAAACCUAAACUUUGUCAAAGCAGCAAAGGCAUACAUGGUACAAUCAUUUGAGCACUACAUGCAUGAAAUAGACAAGAUUGACACACGCAUACUACCGUAUUUACAAAAAAUUGGAUAUUCAACUUGGUCUAGAUGCCAUGCUCCAACAAGAAGAUAUACAAUGAUGACAUCAAAUAUAGCUGAAUCAAUAAAUGCUGCAUUGAAAGCUGCAAGAACGCUGCCAAUCACUACAAUGAUGGAGGGCCUUCGAAGUUUAGUUCAAAAAUGGGUAUGGAAAAAUGGUAACGAAGCAAACGGAACAUUCACACAAGUAACAACAGAUACUGAAAUUGUGCUUAGAGAAAACUUUAUUCGUGCCAUUAAAUUUCAGGUCUUCCCAGUAAACACUAUACUGUACCAAGUUGUGGUUGAACAGAAAGGAAAUUUUUUGGUCAACCUAAUGGAGAAAACAUGUGAAUGCAAAAGGUUCCAACAAGAUGAAAUACCGUGUGCACAUGCAAUAGCUGUAAUGCCCCAAAUUUCCUAA